CUCCGCGUAUAUAUCUAGCGUGCCCGGCCUCACCACGCCUCAAAGGGCUUCCCGAGCUCUCUCUCCGGCACUUCCAUCACGGCAUCACCUAACCUCUAGUUGAAUCCUUCCUCAUCCUCGAUCGGUUCCUCCUGCAACCACUUGCCUACUUUGAUCUUUUCGUGUCCUUGUUAGCUUCGUCCUCCCGGACCGCCGAUGCCUCCGGCCGUUCUCCAAGAGCCAUGAGCAACGCUAGCAACAGCAAGAAGCACAGCCUCCUCGCGCCAAAGGCCACCAUGGACAUGUCUCGCCUGCACCAGGCCUACGACCGCGGCUAGUUUCAUCUGCAUCUCUAGGUCGCUGCUUGUGGCUCUUUCUUCCUGUUGAACAUAAUAAACCAGCUCGUCUCGAUCGUUAGCCUAGUGCCUUUCGUACGUAGUUUGUAUUUUGUGCUCGUAGUUGCUAGCUAGCAACAAUGAAGGAAGGCGGCGAGAAGAAGAACAUCCUGGCCAAGACGUUGCAGCGGUGCCGGACCUCGCUGGCGGCGGCCCACCGUAGGCGCCCGCCGCCGGCGCAGGCGCCCGACAGGUCCGCGUCGUGGGGCGGCGCCGCCGUCCCCGCGGCCGGCUACUUCACGGUGCUGGUGGGCCCGGAGAAGGAGCGGUUCGGGGUGCGCGCCCGCUGCGCCAACCACCCGCUGUUCCGGGCGCUGCUGGACGAGGCCGAGACCGAGUACGGCUUCGCCGGCUGCGACGGGCCCCUCGAGCUGCCAUGCGCCGUCGACGACUUCAUGCAGGUCAUGUGGGAGAUGGAGCAGGGAGACCCCACCGCGUCGCCGGGAUGCGGGCGCUUCGCCGCCGGAAGCAGCAGAGGGCACCACCUGCACCAGGUCACCGGGUACCAGAUGGUGAGCCCCGCCAGGUUCCUCGUCGCAGGCCGAUCGUGACAUGAUCUUGUUGCAUACAUGCUGAGAUCUUGCCGGCACCAGUCAUGGCGGCCGGGCGACGGUCUAAGUCUGAUCGUCGCCGUUCACUGUCAACUUGUCGUUGAAGCAUCUUUUCUUUCAGAUUUGUACUACGCGUAGACUCGAUCCGGCCGGGUGCAUGCAGAACAGCAGAAGUUUGUUCACCUGCUUGUUGCUUGCUUGCUUGCUUUGUUGCUAAGGUGUUGAUGUUUGUUUUCAGUUUUUACUCUCUUUUUCGCUGUGUGUAAUCAAUAUAUAGUUAAUAGUUGGUCUAUGCCUCGUAAGUCGUAAUCCUUGUUCUCUCCACGUCGAUUAACGAUGUAUGCCGUGUUUACUGUUAAGUGUACGAAUAACGAUGUUCUUUGUAUCGAGAUGUAUACCAUGUUUACUGUCGAGUACGAA